GUCUUAAAACCCCUGCCUCCCUCUCUCGCUCUCUCUCUCAAAACCUCAAAACUCAAAAUUGCCAGGAAGCUAACGGUUUUUUCCUCUCUAAAACCCUAAAAAUUAUCUAUUAAAAUUUCCCAAGAACCAAACAAAACGGCAUCUCUUCAAAAAUCUAAAACCACUUUACAUUUCCAUGCUCAACAAAUGGACCAGGUCACUCUAUUUUCCCAUUAAAUCCCCAAUUCUUACCUCUCUCUCCUCCCUCAUCUUCUCUAAACUCUCCAUCUCCUCCGCUGCCAAUCUCGAUACCACCACCACCCCUAUUGUUCAAAUCUCAACGGACCCAGUUCACGCGAUUCUCUCUGGCUUUAGGGACCUGGGUUUUAGACAAUUUGUCAGUGGUCAUUACUUCAAAGACUUGGUUGUAACGUUAAAUCAGGCUCAAAUGGAUGAUGUGAUUGAGAAUUUGAGCGUCGAGAAUGCGGAUUUUGUGGUGGAUUUCUAUCAUUUGUCAAGGAAUGAGUUUGGAUUCCAACAUUCGAGGGUUUCUCGGUUUUUGGUUUCUCAUGUUUUGGCGCGAAAGAGAAGGUUUAAGGACUUGCGUUUGGUUUUGGAUCAAAUGCUUCAAGAGGAAGGCACUGGGUCAGCUCCUUUGCUCUGUAAGCUGCUUUUCAGUAGCUUCAAGGGUUGGGAUUCGAGCAAUGUGGUAUGGGAUAUGUUGGCUUUUAUUUAUUCGAGAUUUGAGAUGGUUCAUGAUGCUCUUUUUGUUCUCGUGAAGAUGAAAGAACAGAAUUUGCGACCAUCGAUACAGACGUACAACAGUUUGUUGUACAACUUGAGGCACACUGAUAUUAUGUGGGAUGUCUACAAUGAUAUCAAAGACAGUGGCACUCCUCAGAGUGCUCGCACUAGUUCCAUAAUUGUAGAUGGGCUAUGCGGACAGUCUAGAUUUCGAGAUGCAGUUUUGUUCCUGCGGCAGAAUGAUGGGAAGGAGUUUGCACCUUCUGUUGUUUCUUUUAAUACCAUCAUGUCAAGGUACUGUAAGUUAGGUUUAGCUGAUGUUGCAAAAUCUUUUUUCUGUAUGAUGCUCAAAUAUGGAAUACUUCCCGACACAUACAGUUACAAUAUACUUAUUCAUGGGUUGAUUGUAGCUGGUUCCAUGGAAGAAGCUUUGGAGCUCACAAAUGACAUGGAGAAGCAGGGUUUACAGCCUGAUAUGGUAACUUACAAAAUUGUUGCCAAAGGUUUCCAUCUACUUGGUUUGAUGAGUGGGGCCCGGGAGAUUAUUCAUAAGAUGUUAACUGAUGAAGGGCUAAAGCCAGAUCUUGUUACCUAUACAGUACUAAUAUGCGGGCAUUGCCAAAUGGGAAAUAUUGAGGAAGCAUUAAGGCUGAGAAGGGAUCUGCUUUCAAGCGGUUUUCAGUUGAAUGUCAUUUUAUACAGUGUGUUGCUCAGCAGCUUGUGUAAACGUGGACAAGUUGAUGAAGCAUUGCAAUUGCUUUAUGAAAUGGAAGCCAACAGCUUGCAACCAGAUCUUGUUACAUAUUCUAUCCUUAUUCAUGGUCUCUGCAAACAAGGAAAAGUCCAACAGGCCAUACAACUAUAUAAAGAAAUGUGCUUCAACAGAAUCUUUCCAAAUUCUUUUGCCGACAGUAGUAUUCUAAAGGGUCUUUGUGAGAAAGGGAUGUUAUCAGAAGCCAGGAUGUAUUUUGACUCUCUGAUAAUGAGUAACUUGAAGCCGGAUGUCACUCUGUAUAAUAUCAUGAUCGAUGGGUAUGUAAAACUUGGUGAUGUUGAAGAGGGUGUCCGAUUAUACAAGAUGUUGAGAGACAAAGCAAUAACUCCUAGUAUAGUAACUUUUAAUUCUCUUAUUUAUGGAUUCUGCAAAAACAGAAAGGUUGUUGAGGCUAGAAGGUUGUUGGAUACAAUCAAGCUGCAUGGAUUGGAACCAAGUGCAGUAACUUAUACCACUCUCAUGAAUGCAUACUGUGAAGAGGGUAAUAUAAACAAGCUGCAUGAAUUGCUGCUUGAGAUGAAUUUAAAAGACAUAGAACCUACUGUUGUCACUUAUACUGUAGUAAUCAAAGGACUGUGCAAACAACGGAAAUUAGAAGAAUCUGUCCAAUUACUAGAGGAUAUGCGUGCUAAAGGCCUAGCUCCAGAUCAAAUUACAUACAAUACAAUCAUUCAGUGUUUCUGCAAGGCUAAAGACAUGAGAAAAGCAUUUGAAUUACUUGAUGACAUGUUGAUUCAUAACCUAGAGCCUACUCCUGCUACAUAUAAUGUUCUCAUUGAUGGCCUUUGUCGAUAUGGUGAUGUAAAGGAUGCUGACCGUGUACUUGUUUCUCUUCAGGACCGAAAUAUUAACUUGACAAAAGUUGCUUACACCACAAUGAUCAAAGCACAUUGCAUCAAGGGUGAUGCACAACAAGCAGUGAAGGUGUUCCAUCAAAUGGUGGAGAAGGGGUUUGAAGUAUCGAUCAAAGAUUAUAGUGCCGUGAUUAAUAGAUUAUGCAAGAGAUGUCUAAUAAAUGAAGCCAAGUACUAUUUCUGUAUUAUGUUAUCUGAUGGUGUUUCCCCUGAUCAAGAAAUAUUUGAAAUGAUGCUUAAUGCCUUUCACAGAGCUGGCCAUGUCCAGUCGGUGUUUGAACUCCUAGCUGUGAUGAUCAAAUUUGGGUUACUGCAUGAUUAAUCCAUGAAAUAGCGCUGCCAAUCUGGUUCCCUGCAUCCAUGCAAGAGCUGUCGGUUUUUUUAGACGUUUGAGCACAUUUGUAUAAAAGGUAUGGAGUAACCAGAUACCUGAAAAUCUCUUAUGGUCACUUUCAACCAUGGAAUUAAUUUAAAAGGUGUGAUCAUGAAAUUCAUUGUCAUGGAUGAUCGACAACCAAUAAUGUUAAGAGUAUCUUGCAGAUGCUUUAAGAUAGGAAAUGCACCAUUUUAGAUUUUAAAUGAGGUUUCUUGGGCUGUGCCAAAUUUUAGCUUAUAUAGGCUAUUAUCUGUCAUUUUAUGUUUUAUUCAUUCAAGUAAAUUCCAGAAUAGCUGGGGUCACAAACAUUAUCAAGAAAGAUACUUGCUGUGGAAUGGUAAAUUCACAGGAUAACAUUGACAGCAUCCCUAGGUCCACCUUCUAGGUUAAUUGUAUCCAGCAGAUCAUUACAGUACCAGUGCCAAUUUUGAGUGACUAUUUUGUGGAGAGCUCAUAAAGAAACUUGAAGGUGCAUGAAGGUAUUAGAACAAUCAAGUUUUCUCAGUAAUCGUUUUAGUCAGAAUAGAAUGAAGCCGUAACUGGCAAUCACAAAAAUGCUAUCAUAUUUCUUUCUAGUUUUGAUAUAUUUUCAGCUUUUUCUUUCUUUUUUGAGUAUGUUUUUAUGCAAUGAAGCAUAAGAAUCAGCAUUUUCAUGUAUCUAUGCACGUUUGAUUGAUUUCUUUCUUCCUGUUCAGAGCACCUGGAAGAAGGCUGUCUUUGACAUUCAUCAAUUUUGUUUGUUUAUGAACCAUGGAUAAUUACAAAAGCUGAGGACAAUAUGCUCAUUGAAAAUAAACAAGUUGGUUAACAUUUUUCGGUGACGAUCUUUCUGGGUUUUACUGAACUUACAAGUUGGUUCUGAAAUCUGCAACCUUUGUAUCUGAAACAUCUGUGGCAUUAGAGUUAAUUAGUGAAUCAUGAAAGGAUACUUGUAAGUUGUAGCUCAUCUGAGAUACCGCUUGGCAUUGAGAAGCAGCUCCUGAAAAUAUAUCAGGCACUUGAUGGCAAAGAUUCAACCUUGUUCCCUAGCCUCCUCAUCUUCAAGAACUCAACAGAGCUCACUGCUAGCGAUGUCUUGCAAUGAGAUAGUGGAAAAAGUAACUGCAUCAUCUAGAUUCAUAACAGGGUACAAGUCGCAAAAAGAUAGUGCGUGCUUGUUUGUGUCAAAGCUUGCCCCAUCAAUUGCGUGAGCCGGUUUAGGCCUUAAACUCGGUGAUAUCAAGAAAGCUUCCUGGAGAUCUCAGGUAUUCGAGUAGUGAUGCCAACAAGAUCGUAAAGGCUGGGAGAAAUGCUGUUAGCUAGACAUGGUUCAUCUAGUUGAAGGAAGUAUGUAUCUCCCACCCUCUUUUUAAUGCAAUUCGGAGCUACCACAUUGUUUCGAACCUUAUAAAUGCUUGUCUCAGCCAAAGUAUUUCAUGGCUGACGGCUUCUA